GCAUACUACAGUAUAAGCUACCGAGUCGCGGCGAAGACCUCUCGCAGCAGCUGAACAAGUUUGGCAUUUCCACGGUUUACCUCGCUGUGCGUCCUCUGCGAAUCCUUAUACUAAUUGCUGCAUAUACGAGCAAUAUAAAUGGCUCCGAAGAAAGCCGACGCUGCAAAGGCAGCAAAACUGUCUGAGAAGGAAAACCUGGCGCGAGCGGAGACAGAAAUCCUGUCCUUGCAACAUUUACUGGAGCUCAGGAGCCAUGAGGCUUUGGAGGCGCGGCGCAGCGAGCGCAUGUGGCGGGAACGCAUGGACGCCUUCCAAACAGCCAUUGAGCAGCAGAAGGAGGACACGUUGGAUAUCACCGCGGACAUGAUGCGGCAAUACAAGGGCAUGCAAGAGCAGCUGCUGAAGAAAGUGUCAGACCUGGAGGCGGAGAACCGCCAACUAAAAAAGGUCAUCGACGAGCGGGACGCAGAAAUUGUGAAGCUGCAGCAGGAGAAGGAGCAGAAUAAGAAGAGCAGUGACACGGAGAUCCUGCAAUACCAGCACAAGAUGGAGGAGAUGCAGGUGGAGUUCGCGCAGAUGCUGCGCGAGACGUUAGACCGCAUGCAUGAGCGCCUGGCGAACGGCACCUUCAACAAGAGCUGAUGAACAGGAGGGCUUGGGAGGGGCCGGCAAGAAUAAAUGCAGUGUGGGAGAUGCAUUGGAAUGGCGGGCGUAAGUGUGGGAGGAGUCACAGGCAGGGGCCGGGGGCCAGGGGACUGGGGGUUGUGCCUUCGGGUGAGGGGCAUGGCGGCGGGGGAGGCGCACGUGCAUGACGAUGGACUGUGGUUCCGCGCCGCGCGCCUGGCCUGCAAAACAUGCGUCAGUGUGGAUUGUACACCUAGAUAACGUGCUCAACGUUAGGCUGGUUGUUACUGUGUGGGUGGACAAGUUCAUUACGUGAGGGCGCCGCAAGGGUGUCCUGUCUCGGGCUCGAGGGUCGGCAGUGUCCGAGCUUAACGGCAAGUUGACUGGCAUGCAGAUACAUAGGCAAGCAGGAAUGGAGGUAUUAGGCAAUGGCAUGUGUCAAGGUGCUGUAGGAGCACAAAUUGUACUUGGUUAUGCUGAAAUCUAGUUACGCCAGGCCCAUGUUGGGCAUGGUGGGCGUGAACUGGUCUGAGUGAUGGGUACAUGGCGGAACGGUCUGAUGCUCAUAUUGUUCUCUCGGUCCUCCUCCGGUCAUACUCUCACAGGACUACGGUACGCGCAGUGCUUGGUCUUGCGGUACCAGGGGGCGCGCCUCCGUGCGGUACCAACGAACGUUGGGGCAUCUAUCCCUAUCUUUUGUUUUGUUGAACCACGAACCGUCUCAC